CAACGCAACAUUUGUCUACAGACAGUAAUUGUCAGAGGACAAGUUGUUAGUUGUUAUUACUUCAACUUGGAUAAAUACCUACGAAUCUUUAACAAUGUCUCUUAUCUUAAAAAUGUUUUUCGUGAACUUAUGUAUUUACAUUGUGUCCGGAAAACCAUCACGACAUAACGUGGAAAAAAGAUGGGCAUACAUCGAAAACGGUGAUCCACAAAUGAGGUCAAUACAUACAGACUGCAAGAAGAUCGUAAAAGAAUACAGUGAUGGAGAGAUGCCUUUUUAUGAGUACAAAGCUAAAAUGAAGAAGUGCACAGAACGUCAGUCGAGAACAAACAUUCCCAGUUAUGAUGAUUUGGAUGAGUUUACUCCUUCAUUCAACAUCCCACACCCACCUUCCAAAAGAUAUGAAGUGCCUGAAAAUUCACAUCAACAACUUCCCUAUGCUUACCCAAACUAUGCCUAUUACAGUAAUCAAUAUGGAGGACAAAAUUCAGGAUAUGGAACAAUUUACCAAAGGGCAAAUAUUGGCUUUCCCCAGUACCAAGCUCAGCCUUACCAACCAAACUACAACUAUUAUCCACAGCAACAGACCAGUAGACGAAGCCUUAUUCCAUUUUUUCCACAGGAACAAGAAAUGUCAACAUCAAUGUACGACACAAGUAUUGUUAAGAAAAAUGACAUACCACAACCUGACAGUAUUUGACUGAAAUCAACACAAAAUCAUGAUACAUUGUGCAAUGAUAUGAUAAAUCAGCCAUGUUGAAUCAUUAAUAUUGUAGAAAGGAUACCAAAUAAGGUGUGACCUCAAAUUUAUUUUGUACAAAGUUGCAUGGGUUUUGGUCAGAAAUGAAAAAAACAUCAAUAAAUCUUUGUUACAAUAAACUUUAAUGUUUAUAUUUACACUAUCUUCCACAUCAAGUUCUUGAUUGUCAAAGUUAAAAUUAGAUAAACAAUGUUGCUUUAAUGUAACCUUAUGUCAUGAACUGCAUCUCAACAUAACUUGCCUGGAAUUGUACAUACUAUGAUGGUUUAAAUACUUCAAUCAAAAUUCUUCCUUGACUUCUUUGUACAAGUAUCUGAAGGUCAAAAAGGAACUUCGUUGAUAUUUGAUGAA